UUGGAGAGCAAAUAGCUACGGCGGCCGGAAAGGGAGAUAACGUUCGUUGCGGAAGCUGCAUCAGUGGGGACGCUGUGGUGUGAGGAGCCUGGGUCACUGACGGCUCUUGUUCCUGUUGUGGAGAGCCGGGACCGAGAAAGUCUUUGUGAGGGAAGGAGAGAGGAAGGGAGUGGCUGGUAGAAGAGCAGGAAGGAAGGAGAGAAAGUGGGAAGGGAAGAAAGGAGGAGGAAGGCCAAAGGAAAGGGACUGUGGGGUUGUGGCCCUCAAAACAGGCCAUAAAACAGCAGCGUUUGGGCCCAGGACGAGGCCUCCUCUCCAGAGGGAAGUUUCCUACUGAGAGGGCUAAAGUAGCAGGCCUCAGGGCGAGGCCUUGUGGUGGUGUCCAUGGCAACAGCAGCCUCCUCCACCUCUGCCUCCCAUGGGGGCCCUCUCAACCCGGUGACCAACCUCCAUGAAGAGGCCGUCUGCGCCAUCUGCCUGGACUACUUCAUCGACCCCGUUUCCAUUGGCUGUGGGCACAACUUUUGCCGGGUCUGCAUCACGCAGCUGUGGGGCUCGGGAGAAGGUCAAGUUGAGGAGGAGGAAGGAGACGACGGUGAGGCCUCCGGUUCAGAUGGCGGCUACGGGCCUGGUUCUGAAGUUGGCAUCGACGAUGGCGAUUUGGGGCCCGAGGAAGAUGCGGACGACGAGGAAGACGACCUAGAAGAUGAGUUCCUGGAUGAUGGGGACAUGGAGGAUGAGAGAGAGGACCUCUCCAGAGAUGAGUAUGAUGGGGACGACGCCGAAGACGUCUGGGAUGACGAAGAAGACCGAGACUAUUGGGACCAAGACCCCGGGUCGGAUGAGAUGUGGGACGAUGCGAUGGGAGGUGACAUAUUCUUUAACAGUUAUGACGAGGAGGAUGACAUCAUGGAUGAAGAUGAGGAGCCGGAAGAAGACGCUGAAUAUACGGUGCCGGCCACCCCGCCGAUGCCUCCCCAACGCCAGGCUUUCACUUGCCCUCAAUGCCGCAAAACCUUUCCCCGCCGUAGCUUCCGACCCAAUCUGCAACUAGCCAACAUGGUGGAGAUCAUUCGCCGGAUGCAUCCGCAGCCGUACAAACCUGCGACUCCCUCGACCGAAGAGGCGGAAUUUGCUGCAGCGGGAGAUUCUUCAGGAGCACCUUCUGCUUUAGCUGCAGGCAAAGCUCAGAGUGUUGAGCGAAGCAUCUGUGAGAAACACCAGGAGCCCCUCAAGCUUUUUUGUGAGACAGACGAGGAGCCCAUCUGUGUGGUGUGCAGGGAGUCACGGGCCCACAAACACCACAGUGUCAUGCCGCUGGAAGAAGUUGUGCAAGAAUACAAGGCUAAACUCCAGGGUCAUUUGGAUCCCCUGAAGAAGAAACUGGAGUCUGUUUUAAAGCAAAAAUCAAAGGAAGAGGAGAAGAUAACAGAUCUCAAGAACAAAAUGAAGCUCGAUAUGAAAGAGUUUGAGUCUGACUUUGAACGGCUGCACCAGUUUCUCGUUGGGGAGCAGGCACUGCUCCUGCACCAGCUGGAGGACCGCUACGACAUCCUGCUGGCCAGGCAGAGCAGCAACGUCACCCAUCUGGAGGAGCAGGAGGCUGCUCUCGGUCGCCUUAUUGCAGAAGCGGAAGACAAGAGCAAGCAGGAUGGCCUGCAGCUGCUCAAGGACUUCAAAGGAACUUUAGUCAGCUUUUCUUUAAACGAUCACCUUGCCAGGUGUGAGAAUAUCAAAUUCCACGAUCCAGAAAUGGUGGCAGUGGAUGCAGGAAAGAAAUAUCAGAACUACUUCCUUAUAGAUGUCCUCAUGAAGAAGAUGGAAAAGGUCUUCUCCAAAGCCCCUCGCGUUGAUUUGACCCUGGAUCCAGAGACCGCCCACCCGCGGCUCACGCUUUCCUCUGACUCCCGGGGCGUUCGUCUGGGAGGGCGCUGGAGGGACGUCCCCGACAGCCCCAAACGCUUUGAUUCUGACUACUGCGUACUGGCCUUGCAGGGUUUUACCUGCGGCCGCCACUACUGGGAGGUGGAGGUGGGGGGCCGGAGAGGGUGGGCCGUGGGGGCGGCCCGAGAGUCUGCCCGGCGUAAAGAGAAGGCCAGCGCUGGAGGUCCCUACCAGAAGCGGGAGAUCUGGUGCGUGGGUACCAAUGGCAAGAAGUACCAGGCCCUGAGCACCACUGAGCAGAUGCCCCUUUCUCCGUGCGAGAGGCUCCGCCGCUUUUGCGUCUACUUGGACUAUGAGCGGGGCCAGCUGGGGUUCUACAAUGCUGAAAACAUGACCCAUAUCCACACCUUCAACGCCUCGUUCCGUGAGCGCAUCUUCCCUUUCUUCCGCAUUCUCUCUAAGGGGACCCGCAUCAAAAUCUGCACCUGAGAACCAUCACUGCUGAUACUGUUGCACAUGGCUGGAGCUCCCCCGCCCCUUACAUAAGGCCUGUGCUUCCGUUGUCAUCCCACCUGAGUUAUCACUGAGAAGGUAUCAUAUUUUACUCUCUUCACUCUUGGACUUUCUCUGGCGUCUGCGAUGGAUUCACAACCACAGAAGCUCCCCUUCUUUCUUUGGCUCUAAUGCUACACAGAUGUUUUUCUCUGGUGUUUGACCAGAUCAUGGGCUUCAAUGUCUUCCCUUGCAAAUCCACCUUAGUAAGAAGCCUUUCUCUCUCCUCUUUGGAGUUCUGCUGUAUGUGGAUUGCCUCACUUUCCACAUCUCCUGAAGGAUCUCUUCAUGAGGUCUCUCUUAACUUCUCAGAAGGAAUAUAAGUUAAAGCCUCUUCGCCUUGUGAGUGUGAAACUGUGUGCUUGGUGGCAUCAGUUGUAGCAACAGGGAGUCCAAGGGUAGUGCAUUGACAUUCCAGAGCCACCUGAAUCUCCUUAGGUCAAGGCCCAUGGAAUGCCUGUGAGUGCCUGAUUGUCUUAACCUUUUGGAAGUUUGGUUUCCAUCCCUGAUGUAGAACAACAUUCUAGCUGGUUUCCAGAUCAAAUGCUGUUUCUUUCUCAAAUGUCUUCUGUUCUCCUUUUUGCUGCUCUUUCUUUACUAAUGUCUGAUUCCAAAAAACUACAAGGCAGAACCAUCAGUUUCAUAUCACUGCUCCAUAUGUGGUUUGGCUCUGCUGUUUGUCUACCCAUUCCAUUAUGUUAUCUUUGUCCCAGAAGGAAGUAUUUAUUAUCACUACUGCUGUUGCUGCUAGUAGUGUGAUCUAGAGGCACAUUUUUGGUUAAUAGCAGGUUCAAAUGUUGCUAUUGAGGAGUCUGUUGAAGGGACAUAGCUCUAGGGAUGAGUGUAACUUUCACCAGAGGUUUUAGUGAUGGGGAUUUAUUAUUGCUGCCUUGACAUUUAUUAGCCAUUUGCUCCCGCCAACCCUCUCACCCAGUUCAGAUAAUUUAUUUUGAAUUGCUUCCCCAUCACUCCACAGACUUGCAGUGCUGAAUUCAUAUCUUCCAUUCUGCAAACCGCUGGAGCUUUGGCUAUGCUCUGCUGUAUGAUUUUUUUUCAUUUUCUUUUAUCAUUACAGAGCUCAUUUUGAACUAUUUUUUGCUAAAAAAAAAAUGAGACUUAAAAUGGAAAUCUAGUUUUUUGGAAAAUGUUGAGGAAUAAUAAAUAAAUAAAUAAAUGAUUCAAUAAUAA